AUGUCUCUUCGAAGGAAAGACAAAUUUGCAUUUUUCGUUUUCUUGUCUAUACUUGCCUUCGCAGUUGUCUGUAUUGUGACUGCAAACUAUGAACCCAUCUCCAAUGAGAAACCUGAGAAACAAAAGUAUAUUAUAGUACUGCGGAAAGAUAUAUCGGAUUCAGAUAUGGAAAAUCUAAAGUUAUAUCUCAUUGGACUUGGUACACAUAUUUAUAAUGAAUAUAAUUCAGUCGUAAUGAAAGGCUUCGCUAUUGAAAUGCCUGAAGAAUAUGUAUCAGUUUUGAAAGAAGAUAAGAAUGUGGCAUAUGUAGAACCGGAUCAAACAG